UGGGCGCCGCUGCUGCUUUGUGAGCACAUUGGGCAGAUUUUCUAUUUUGUACAUACAUUGUUUUGUAUAUACUGUAUAUGAUGACUUCGGUGGGCAGUGAACGUACCCGGGGCACUCGGGAUAAAACACAGAUUUCAGCCACACAGCCAACGCAACCACAGAAACAAGUAGUACAGGCAACAGCAGAACAGAUUCGCCUCGCUCAGAUGAUCUAUGAUAAGAAUGAUGCAGAUUUUGAAGAUAAAGUGAAACAACUUAUGGAAGUGACGGGGAAAAACCAGGAUGAGUGCAUAGUGGCGCUACAUGACUGCAAUGGGGACGUGAACAGAGCAAUCAACAUACUGCUGGAAGGAAGUUCAGACACAACCUCGUGGGAGACUGUAGGGGGAAAGAAGAAAAGCCUUGGAAAGGAAAGUUCAGAAAACAAAGAAAACAGAGAAAAACGAGGGGACAGAGAAGUGAGUCGUGGACGGGGAAGUUCCAACAGACGGGGAAGAGGAGGCAGCCGUGGCCGAGAGUUUAGAGCUGAAGAGAAUGGAGUGGACARCAACCAAGGGGAGAGGCCUUCAGACCGCGGGAAACGCGGCCGUGGGAGAGGCUUUGGACGUGGCAGAGGGAGAGGAGCGGGGAGGUUUUCAGCCCAAGGCAUGGGGACAUUUAACCCUGCAGACUAUACGGAGUCUUCUGCCACUGAUGGCUUUGGGACAAAAUCUGAGAUUUGGGAGACUGGUCAGAAUGAUGCAGAUGAUGGAACUGGUGCAUGGAAGAAUUCAAUAGAAGAAUGGACAGCAGAAGACUGGAAUGAAGAUCUUUCUGAAACGAAGGUCUUUACUGCUUCCUCUGUUCCAGCUGAGAAUCAUGUUACUCCUGGGCAAAGCAUUGAUUUGGUAACACUGCUUCAAAAGCCUGUGACUUCCACCCAGGAGACAGAAGGCAACUCGUUUGAGGCUCCCCAGCAGCAGACCUUUGGCCAAGCCCUAGUCUUUACGAACUCUCAGCAUAGCACCCAGAUGGCAUCAGGAACUGGCAGCUCCGGUGCUGUAAACUCCUAUUCUCCUCAGAGUCUGUCUGCAGUUCUCUGUUCUGGCUUUGGAGAACUUGGAUCCUCUAAAUUGGCAAAUUCUACUGGAUCUCAAAUCUUGGACCAGUUGAAAUCUCCAAGUUUGGGUCAGUUUACCUCUCAACAAAACAACAGUAGCUCUACCACCACUACCACGACUACCACCUCAUCUUGGGAUCUGAAGCCCCCCAUUUCUCAGUCCUCAGUCCUUAGUCAGUUUGGUAAGUUUGACUUUAAAUCUCAGCCCGAACCAUCUCCAGUUCUGAGCCAGCUGACGCAACGACAGCAGCAACAAACGCAGGGAGUCCCUGUUCCUCCUCCAGGGCUGGAGUCCUUCUCCUCCCAGGUGAAGCUCCGAGAGCCAUCGCCAGUAGACACCUCGACGGCUGUUAGCAAAAUGCUGCAGCUGCCCAGCAUCUCCCUGGAUAACCAGGCAGUGACUGCCCAUCAAACCCAGCAGAAACAGAUGAAACCACAAAAGCGGAGGAUACCUCCGGCAUCCAAGAUUCCUGCCUCUGCAGUGGAGAUGCCUGGAUCAGCUGAUGUGACGGGGUUAAAUGUUCAAUUUGGAGCUCUGGAGUUUGGGUCAGAGCCUGCACUCCCAGAGUUUGGAUCAACUUCAAGCAAUGAGAAUACCAGCCAGGCGACCAACAAUAGCUUGUACUCAAAAUCUGUGAAUGAUCCUUUGAAUACCUCUUUGCCAAUAUCCAAUACAGUACAGGAGUCCACCUACACAACCUCUGCCAUCACCUCUUCCAGUCUGACCUGCUCAUCCCAGAGCACUAGCCCAGUAACAACAACUUCCUCCUAUGAGCAGAACUCUGUGCAUAGUAGGAUAGCGUACCAAAGCUCCAUGGCUCCGUCUGAACCGACCCCCGUUGCUGUUACGAAUGGGCACAGUGGUGUUCGAACACAGCCAACUCUUGACACUACUUCAUCAGUUCCAGCGUCUAAGACAGAGCCCUCUCCCUCCCUCCCUCCUGCUGGUUCUCUGCCUAGCGUGGUGUCCACUACUGCUUCGCUUCUGCCUUCAGCAUCGCAGCACUCGGCGCCGUUGCCCAGCUUGCCUCAGUCCAGUGAUUUGGCCAGCAGCUCACUUUCCCAGUUAAGCAGCUCCCUUUCCAAUCAUCAGAGCAGCCUCUCCCCUGCCUCAGUGUUGUCUUCAAGCACAUCACAUGCACACACUAGUGUUGAGAACACCACCUCGCUCCAGCCCUCAACAACCUUUUCAACUGCUUCAACCUCAGCCACUAGCACCACCUCUUCGGUUGUCAGCAUGGCCAGCAGUAUGAACACUACAAACAGCCUUGGCCUGAGCGUUACCAGUGUGUCUAUACCAGCUGCUACUACGCGGGCAGCUCCCUUGGUGUCUUCAGGCAAAGCUCCCCCAAACCUGCCCCAAGGUGUACCACCCUUGUUGCAUAACCAGUAUAUUGUGGGACCUGGAGGACUUCUGCCUGCCUACCCACAGAUUUAUGGUUAUGAUGAUCUCCAGAUGCUUCAAUCCAGGCUGCCAAUGGAUUACUAUGGAAUUACAUUCCCUGCUCCUGCAACCUUAACAGGCAGAGAUGGGAGCCUUGCUAACAACCCAUACUCAGGUGAUGUAACAAAAUUUGGUCGUGGGGAUUCUGCCUCCCCUGCUCCCGCCACCACGCUGGCGCAGCCGCAGCAGAACCAGACGCAGACCCACCACACAACGCAGCAGCCUUUCCUCAACCCCACCCUGCCCCCAGGGUACAGCUAUACUGGGCUACCUUACUACGCUGGUGUGCCAGGAGUACCCAGUGCAUUCCAGUAUGGGCCAACCAUGUUUGUACCUCCAGCAUCUGCUAAGCAGCACGGAGUCAAUCUGAACACAGCUUCGACUCCUUUCCAGCAGGCGAGUGGCUAUGGGCAGCAUGGCUACGGAGCAGGCUAUGAUGACUUAACGCAGGGAACGGCAGCUGGAGAUUACAGCAAAGGAGGCUACAGUGGGUCAUCUCAAGCACAAAACAAAUCUGCUGGCACUGGACCUGGGAAAGGUGUUUCUGUGACCUCAAGUAACACAGGUGUGCCUGAUAUCAGUGGCUCAGUCUAUAACAAGACUCAGACGUUUGACAAGCAGGGGUUCCACGCUGGCACGCCGCCCCCCUUCAGCCUGCCGUCUGCUCUCGGAUCCACUGGGCCCCUGAACCCUGGUGCUGCCCCGGGUUACGCUCCAGCCCCGUUUCUCCAUAUCCUGCCUGCACAUCAGCAGCCUCAUUCCCAGAUGCUGCAUCAUCAUCUUCAGCAAGAUGGGCAGGGUGGAUCUGGCCAGCGCAACCAACCCAGCACCAUGCAGCAAAAGUCUCAGGCUACCAAAACCGCCUACGGCACUUCUCCAUACUGGACAAACUAAAUCCGGAACCGGGGAGGGGGGAAGAGAACGAAAGGAAAGGAGG